AUGAGUGCAACACAAAACGGAAGCCCAAAGCCUUCUUUGCAUGGUGUUAAGAUCAAACAAAGAAAGGGUCAGCAAAAAGCACAAGCCAAACACGAACCAACCGUCUUUAGAGAUAAUAUUAUAAAAAUUCUUUUAAACGUUAAACCAGGAGAUUUUGAUGAAAUCUCUUUACAAUUAGAUUCUGCCGGUAAUACCCUAGAGUAUAAAAAAUACGGAGAAACUUUAUUUGAAAUUCUUUUGCUUGGUGGUGUAUUAGGUACUAUAUUAGAUGAUGGAGCACCUAAAAGCCCAUUCUCUAUUUUCUAUGCAGAAGAUAAUAUUGAAAAUAUUAAAAAGCAUGUUGAAGUUUUCAAUAAGUUAAUUAGACGUUAUUUAUAUUUGCAGCAUAUUUUUGAAGAUAAAAUCAAAAAUAUGCUUCAGUAUAUUAACAAAUGGAGUACUGAAGAAAACAACAAACUUGCCACUGCAAUUGGUUUGUUUGCCUCUGGUCAAUUGAUUAGUAUUAAUGUUUUGAAUGCUUUAUUCAGUGAGCAUCUUGUGAAAGAAGGACAUUCCCUUCAAUUUAUCACCACAGUCUUCAAAGCUUAUCUUGGCGAACAAAACAUGGAACAUCUUGGUAGCUCCCUUAAAAAAGCUGGAAUUGACUCCAAGCUUAUAGAUUUUUUCCCGCCAAACAAAAGAGACAAAGAAUAUUUUGCUCGUUAUUUUGAGGCGGAGGACAUGAAACAAUUUGUUGAUUUUUAUAAUCAACGAUUAAAGAAUUCAAUGAAAGAUCAAACUAUUGAACAUGUUAAGGAAAUGAUGGAUUCAUCCAGUACCAAUGCAGAGGUCAUUACUUAUCUUAAACAACAAAUGAAAAAUGGUGGUUGGCAAGAAAGUGAUUUUGUUCAAAUCGUGUGGGAAUCAUUGUUACAGGCUGUUGAUUGGAGCACUCGUCCAGAACAAAUUGGAACUCAAGCUGCAAAUCAAGUUAAACAAUGCUCAAGUAUUAUUUCAGAAUUUGCCAAUAAUCCAAAGACUGAACUUGCUCUUUUGCAAAAAAUCCAAACUUAUUGCUACGAGAACACAAAACUAAUGAAACAUUUCCGUAAAAUAGUUCAAAUCUUGUAUGACGAGGACGUUGUGUCAGAAAAUGCAAUCUUAUAUUGGAAUGAAAAAGGUGCAAAAAAUCAAGGAAAAACCUCAUUCUUAAAACAAAUGGAACCUUUCAUUCAAUGGCUUAAAACUGUCGAGAGUGAAAGCGAAGAAGAAUAG